AUGUAUAAAAAACUAGAAAAUGAAAAAUAUCUAGGCUUUUACCAAGCAAUUGUUCCUACACUCAUGAUCAGAGAUCCGGAAUACAUCAAUGACAUCCUGAGGACAUCUUUCGAACAUUUUCCCGACAGAGUUUUUCUAGUGGAUGAGAAAACGAAUCCUCUUGAUGAACAUCUCUUUUUUAUAAGAGGAAACAAGUGGAGAUACCUGAGAAAUAAGAUGACUCCUCUUUUCAGCCAAGUUAAGCUGAAGUGGAUGUACGAAGAAAUAGAAAAAUGUGUUGAUAUUUUUGAUGAAUGCGUUGACGAAUUAAGUGAUGGAAAGGAUUUAGACAUGAAAGAAUUAUUAGCAAGAUGUACUACUGAUGUGAUUUCUUCCUGCGCAUACGGGAUUGAACCUCAUUGUUUAAAAAACCCUGACUCUGAACUUCGAAAAGCUGGAAGAGAUUUUUUUGAUCCUGACAAAAUAAACAUGCUUAUUACGAUUUUGAGAUUUUCUAUACCUCGUUUACUGCUUUGGUUUAAAGUUAAAACAGUAUCAACAAAAAUCAAUGAUUUUUUCCUUGCCACAACAAAUAAGAUUUUGCAUCUUAGGAGAAGUACAGGAGUAGUAAGAAAAGAUUUUGUCCAAUUGCUUCUUGAACUGAAAGAAAAAGGAACGGUUGAGAUAGAUACUACAGAAAUAGAAAAAGAUGAAACGUAUAAAGAAUCUCCCAAUGAGAAAAUAGAACUGACAGAUAAUUUAUUAGCUGCACAGUCGUUUGUAUUUUUUUUGGCUGGUUUUGAAACUACCUCUACGACAUUAUAUUUCACAUUUUAUCUCCUGGCAAAACAUCCGGAAAUUCAAGAGAGGGCGAGAAAAGAGGUGUUACAGGUCAAAGCAAAAUAUGGUCAAUUCACAUUUGAUUCCUUAAAGGAGUUAAAAUUCCUGAAUAACUGCAUUGCAGAGACAUUGAGGAUAUUUCCAUCUGUGCCUGUCCUAAACCGAGAAUGUAUGAAGGAUUACACCUUACCUGAUGGAACUGUCAUUGAGAAAGGACUGAAUGUCCUAAUACCAACUUUGUCAUUACAUCGUGAUCCCAAAUAUUUUCCAGAUCCUUUAGAAUUUAAGCCUGAUAGAUUUGAAAAUCCACCAAUCAGAGGAACCUACUUACCAUUUGGAGAUGGACCAAGAAUUUGCAUUGGUAAACGAUUUGCCGAAGCUGUUAUGUCUAGUUUGUUGGCAAGGUCAUUAGAAAAAUACAGGUUCGAAUUAAGUCCUAUGAAUAAAUGUACUGAUAAUCUGAAGCUGAAUCCUAAAGUUAUUACUUCCUCUCCUCUUCAUGGACUUGUGUUAAGAAUUCAUAAAGUAAAUGACAGUAAUUAGAAAUGUUUAAUUUUAUACAAUAAGGUAAAAUACAGUUUUUUAAAGAGAAAUUUAGAGCAACAUAGUUUUUAGCAUGUAAAUGUUAUAAUAAUGAGCAUUAAUAACUGUGAUUUUUAUAUUUACUGUUUUCAUUAUGUACCUAAUGUUGAUUUCACUAAAAUAUUAUAAAUUACUAAUAAAUAAUUGGAUAUUCAAUAAAAUAAAUAUAUUUUUUAAUAAAAUUUAUACUGUUAAAUGAAACCUUUAACCAUUUUAACUACGGACUGAAGUAUGCAAAAGCAGAUGAAUCCUGCAGGAAAAUAAUACUGAUAUAUGUCUAAUUUGUUUAUAUGACAAAAUUUUAGAUAUUCCAAGAAUCAUAAUUUAUCUGUUGUAUUAUGGAGACCUGAACUCUUGUUUACAUAAAUAAAUUAAAAGUAAAAAAAAAUAUUUACAUUCUGAAUCCUACCAUUAGAAUAUAUUUAAUGAGACUGUUCUUUGAGGGCCAAUCUAAAAAUAUAAGGAAGAUAAUUUUUUUAAUUUGAUUUUAUCAUGUAGAUGAUGCACAUUUUUAACUUUUGCUAACUUAUAUAUCUGUAGCACCUGUGCAUAAUGUGUUAAGUGCAAAAAUCAAAUUUCUGGAAAAAUGAUAUCACAAUUCACAAAGGAAAGUUUAUCGUUGUAAUAGCUCCAUAACUUAGUCCAUUAGAUACAAAGAAAGAAGGAAAGAGAAAUUAUCUUUCUGGUAAUGUCCGUAAAAAUUCACAAAAAUUCAUUUAACACACUUUUCACAGAUGAUACAGAUAUGAAAUGGAUAAUACGAAAUGGUCUGUAUUUGUCAUAAAAAUUAAUGAUGGUAUAAUAUAUUAAUAUUGUACCUAAAAUAAUUUUUGCUUUCUCUUAUUUAUAUUGAAAUCUAAGUGAUACACGCACUGCAAAAAAUUUUCGUAUUUUUUUUUUUCCAAUGCUAUCAAGAAAACUUGUUGCUAUCAAUAUUUUUUUCAGUAGUUGGUAAAUUAUAUCUGUUACUAUUUGUUCUUUUCUAGUCUGACAAAAUUUCAUUAUUAUUCUUUUUAAGAAGCAGCUGCCCUGAUGAUACUUGAAUUAAAGUUGGCUAGUAAACUGUUAAAUUCUUUUUAGUUAUGUGCCUCCAUAGUUUGGAUUGUUCCAUUCAUAAUGUCUCUUUUCGGGCUUUUUGCUUAUUUUAGUAGUAUUAUUUUUAACCAUAUUAGUGCACAUUUAGUUUCUUAUUUAAAUCUAAACACCAUGAAUUGCAAGAACUAAUCUUAUUAUUAUAUUAUUUUAAUACAUUUUAUGUUAUGUUUUACCUGUCUUAAUACAUAUCACUUUGAUACAAUAGUAAAAUAUAACUGUGUAUAAAGAUUAAACACCAUAAUUUUUAUUUUAUUAUGAAAUAUCCUUCAAUUGGGCUAUUUAAAUUCAAUUCAAUAAUUUGAAUAUUUCAAUUCAACAUUUUAGGAACCAGCUUUUGUAUAAGAUUGUAGUAAUAAAGAUUAGAACGGUGUAUCUAAAAAUGUAUACUGGUCCUAAUUCCCAAAAAAUCUGACAUGAACCAUAAUUAAUGCUUCUUUACUUAAUGCCUGUUUUCCGUCAUGGUAGAAUUAUCAAAACACAUACAACACCAAACGUGGUAGCAGUAGUGGAAAUUGUGAAUAUAGAAUAGAUGAUGUUAUGCUAAUUGAGCAAAGGCAAAUCAUUUAAAUGAUAAUAAAUGAAUCCUUAAACUUAAUUUCAUUAAAUUAUUUAAUGUAGACUAGAUGAAAUUAAAGACAUUUAAAAUAUAUACUAUCCGUAUUUAUAAAUAACAAAUUUUAUGUUUCUAGUCCUAAGAUUUACAUUUUUAUGGAAAUAAUUGAAGGAAUCAGUAGGUUUUUUUUUGUUUUAAAUAU